UUCCUGUCAAAGAUGUCGCUGUCCAGAGGAGCGGUGUUGUGGAGGACAUGCUCCAGGUUGUUACCGAGACACUCUGUCCGAACACAGAGCUCCGAGGCCCGGGACCUGAUGCCCCGGACCUCCCUCUCUAGGCCUCCGUGGCCGGAGCAGAUGAGCCCGGUACCGGAGGAGGAGGAGCGGAACCGACACGCCGCGGUGGUGAGCACCGUGAACCAGCGGAUCGACCGGCGGGACUUCGGCCGCCUGUUCGCCGUGGUGCACUUCGCCGGCCGCCAGUGGAAGGUCACCGACGAGGACCUGAUCCUGAUCGAGAACCACAUCGAGGCGGAGUGCGGAGAGCGGAUCCGCAUGGAGAAGGUGCUGCUGUGCGGCGCGGAGGACUUCACCCUGAUGGGCAGGCCUCUGCUCGGGAAGGACCUGGUCCGGGUCGAGGCCACCGUGAUCGAGAAGACCGAGUCCUGGCCCAAAGUCCACAUGACGUUCUGGAAGAGACACCGGUUCCAGCGCAAGAGGAUCAUCAUCCAGCCGCAGACGGUGCUGAGGAUCAACAGCAUCGAGCUGGCCCCCAGACUCGCAUGAAGAAGAAGAAGAAGAAGAGUGGACUACUUCACACAGACUGUUUGUUUUCAGUCAACAAACUGUUCACGAGUCGCUUUAAUGCUGCAACAAAGUGACUCUUUGGGAUAAAAAGUGUAAAUAAAGCUUCAACUUUUGCAGAUGA